UGUUGAUAGUCGAUCGGCAAUCAGUAUUUCUGUUGUAGUUUUCUAUAAAAACUUAUUUGUUUUUACAUUAUCUAUUAAUAGCUUUUGUUAAGAUUUAACAACAAAAAUAGCGUGUUUAGUUUAAUUUCCUGAUGUAUAUUGUGGUGUAAACAUAAUGAAAGUUAACUAACCUCAUAAGCAAGUUUUGAUUACAAACAAAAUCUAAGAAAACAGUUACCAUGGGUGUGACAGUAUUACAACAGUACCCGGUUCCGGAGAACAAGACUGGUACAUACGUAAUAGAGCUGCUCACUAAACGUAUACUGGCAUUAGGAGCGUCACAACAAGGCCAGUUCCUUGUUGACUGCGAGAGUUAUCUGUCACAUCCACAAAUGGGCACAACAAAGACAGUACACAUAUUUCACAAUUCAGAGCAACCAGCAUCCGUAUUCUCAAUAUUGGACACCGGUUCCAAAAACAUCCAUGUGAUAGCGGACGGCUUGUUCGAUCUGCUAAUGAUGAAGCUUUCUCAGCACUAUACAUCAAAAAAACAAACUAAAAUUGAGAGCAAAGGACCGAGGUUUGAACUCGGUGAUUUCUGCAUAAAGCUCGGUUCUGUCACUAUGAAUCAGAGUUUUAAAGGAAUACUUGUUGAGGUGGAGUACCGUCCAUGUGUUACACCUAACGCCGUUUGGGGUUUGUUGCGUGAGUUCCUGCAAGGGUUCCUAGGUCCCUCUGUGUUGGUACAAGCACCACAGCAUUUAGUCACCAGAAUGAACGAAAUCUACACUCCCAUAGACACCAUAUAUCAGUACUUAGAACAUUUCAGUGCCUACAGAAAGAUCACCGGAAUGAGAUCUGCGUAGCAAUCUGCUUAAGGUUAAAUUGUCUAAGUUUUAAGGUUUAAAUAAAUUGUAAGUUUAU